GUAUAUGUUAGAGUACUUAUUUUAGCACAAAUUUGGUAGUAUGAAAUACGAAAGAGAAAAGUAAACAUCAGGGCGUACUUCUUUCAGGCACCGGUCUUGCCUUUGACAAUGGAGUUCCUAGACGAAGACGCCAGACCCAGAUUCCUCCUCCAAUCCAAGCCAUUACAGCAAUCCAAUUCCGAUCCGGAAACCCAAACCCGGUCUCUAUAUCGACCCGGAAUCAUCAUCUCCAUCUCCCUUUCCCUCCUCUUCUUCGCUCUCUCUUUCCUCUAUUUCACCAUUGAACCCUUCGGAUCCCUUCUCAUUUGGCUCUCUCUUUCCCUCCUUAUUGGCCCUUUUGCCCCACUUUCCGUCACUGCCGGUGACAUCCGGAUCGGACUUGGACCUCCCAUCCAAGACCCGCCGAAAGACGAUCUUUCUGAUUCCGAAACCGAUGCGAAAAAAACCAACAGAAGAUCCAACCGACCCACCAAGAAAGUCGUCGACUUUGAGCCCGUACUGCCGGAGAACAUUAAUGGGUCGGUGGCAAAUUCGGAGAAAAUUAAUGGGUCGGUAGUAAAUUCGGCUAAAAUUAAUGGAUCGGUUGCGAAUUCAGAGAAAAUUAAUGGGUCGAGCGAGUGGAGCGAAGGAGAUGAGGAGUUGUUGAGGAAGAUGAUGGGGAAGCACCCGGUGGGGAAACCGGGGCGGUGGGAGGCAAUUGCGGAGGGGUUUAAUGGGAGAUACAGAGUGGAAAAUGUGAUCAAGAAAGCUAAAGAAUUAGGCGAAAAGAAAAUGAGCGAUGAGGAUUCGUAUCAGAGGUUCUUGAAGGAUAGGAAGCAAGUGGAUAAGAGAAGUGAGAGUGGAAAUGAGGAUGAUUUUGAGAAUGUGGAGGUGAAGAAGGUGGUGGAGAAUGGGUGGAGUAGUGGAGAGGAUUUGGCUUUGCUUAAUGCAUUGAAGACAUUUCCGAAGGAAGUGGCGAUGAGGUGGGAGAAAAUUGCAGCUGCUGUGCCUGGGAGGAGUAAAGCAGCUUGUAUGAAAAGAAUGACUGUGUUGAAGAAGGAUUUUAGAAGUUCUAAGUCUGCUAAUGCUGAAGCUUAGGGGAGGCAUAAGAGCAGUUAUUGAUUUGAAUAUCAUUAUAGGUCAAUUUUCCGCUUUAUUGCAGAGGUAACAAAUUUUCGUAUAAGGCUACUUACUUAUUUGUUAAAGAAUUAAGAGCUCUACUUUUUGGCCUUGUUAUUAGUUGAGGAAGCAACUGAUACACAACCAGUUGUUCACUUAGAAAGUUACUGAGUUAUAUUGUUCUUUGUAAUAUGUAACUUGACAAUCUUUUAUAUGAAUAAAUACAUUACCACUCUGUGGCGAUUGAGUUUACUGUGCA